CAUUAUAUAUAUUAUGUGUGAGUGUGUGGGUCGUAACAGUGGAAUCGGGCUCUCAUCAACUUUUCGGGAAUGGAGAAAUCCGUACGUUUCCAAAUGUUGGGGCAAUUUCUUUUUCCCAGAAACCUUCCUUCCAUACAUUCAAGACCUUUUCAGAUGAAUUUUAUGGAAAAAUGUUGUUUAAAGUCAAAGAUAUGUUAGUUUGUUGAGCAAGUGCCAGCACUCACCUGUAGCACGAGGUGCCACUGGGAAACGGCUGCUUUGUUGAAUCAUGCACAACUCUGCUGCUGUAGAAGAUAGAUCAAGGGUUUUUUUAACCAAGUUCAAGAAAGACAGACAAGCUUUCGUUUAAUAGCAUAACUCCAUAAUUCCCCAAAUUGAUGAGCGCCUGAUUCCCCACACCGCGACAUGUGCCUGUAGAUUUACUUGAGUUUUACAGUCACUGUGACCUUCUGGAAUAAUGAACAGUCUUCACUUCAUCUCUUCACUUUCCACAUGCUGUCUACACUUUAAAGAUGUUUUUUUUUCCUGACACAAGUGAACAAUUGAAUAUAAGGAUAUUUGCUUGUAAGAUUUUAAAGACUGCCUACACAUUCACUCAAUCAUUCAUUCUGAUCCCAGACUCUUCCCUGUAGUGUAUUCACAUCUUGUACCACUUCCAUCUUUUCACUGUAAAGAAGGAAGCCUUUUUCUUGUGUGCUUUGGUGAAACAAUUUUGGAAGAAUUUUUUCCACCAGCUGGGUGAGAGCAGCCAUAGUUUGAGCCUCAAGUGUCCAUGUGUUAUGUCUGCUGUCUGCUGUCUCUGCUGUCUGCUGUCUGCUGUCUGUUGUCUGCUGUCUGUUGUCUGCUGUCUGCUGUCUGUUGUCUGCUGUCUGUUGUCUGUUGUCUGCUGUCUGGUGGGCAUUUUAUCGAUCACAGUUUUCUUCCUUGUUUUUCCGUCCCCUGUUGUCGCCGGGAUGCCUUCGUUAACUUUGUCGUAACAUUCUCUUCCAUGGUGUUUCCCAACAUUUGAUCUUACUGGUUUCACUAAUCAGGUUUCUUGAAGUAUGUCUGCGAGUCCCCAAAGAUAUUCCGGAGUUCCAGAGCGGACAGGGAUAGCAAAAUAACUGCUCCAGUUUAUUUUGUUUGCCUCACAUUUACAAACUUAUAGGCAAGAAGAGGGUGGCUCAGAUAAUUUACAAACUUAUAGGCAAGAUGAAGAUGGCUCAGAUAAUUUACAAACUUAUAGGCAAGAAGAGGGUGGCUCAGAUAAUUUACAAACUUAUAGGCAAGAAGAGGGUGGCUCAGAUAAUUUACAAACUUAUAGGCAAGAUGAAGAUGCCUCAGAUAAUUUACAAACUUAUAGGCAAGAAGAGGGUGGCUCAGAUAAUUUACAAACUUAUAGGCAAGAAGAGGGUGGCUCAGAUAAUUUACAAACUUAUAGGCAAGAUGAAGAUGCCUCAGAUAAUUUACAAACUUAUAGGCAAGAAGAGGGUGGCUCAGAUAAUUUACAAACUUAUAGGCAAGAUGAAGAUGCCUCAGAUAAUUUACAAACUUAUAGGCAAGAAGAGGGUGGCUCAGAUAAUUUACAAACUUAUAGGCAAGAUGACAGUGGCUCAGAUAAUUUACAAACUUAUAGGCAAGAUGAAGGUGGCUCAGAUAAUUUACAAACUUAUAGGCAAGAAGAGGGUGGCUCAGAUAAUUUACAAACUUAUAGGCAAGAAGAGGGUGGCUCAGAUAAUUUACAAACUUAUAGGCAAGAAGAGGGUGGCUCAGAUAAUUUACAAACUUAUAGGCAAGAAGAGGGUGGCUCAGAUAAUUUACAAACUUAUAGGCAAGAAGAAGGUGCUGGAAAUUCAGGACAACACUUGCUGCUUUUUUCCCUUUGUGACUUUCGUGAGAAAUUUCCUUCCCAGAGGUUCGCUUGUCUUCUGGGUGUGGAGAGAUUUACAUUGAUAGCCCAUAGAGUAGAAAGGCUGAAACAGAACCUGGACAUGGGCGGUUGGUGCCUCUAGAAAUAAAUUAUUGAUGGUCAAGGUAUAGACAGUAGAUUAUUUGUACAUUUGUUUGGGGGCCCAAAAGAGAAUAAAUCGUUGCGCAUUUGUAAGUGUGAAUGAAGGGAAAACAGUAAAAGAGUUUCUUGGUGAAUUGUUCCCAGUAGUAUGUGCAGAGCUAGGUCUACUGCCCAGUUUGUCUGUCUCAUUCUGUCUCAUUCUGUCUCAUUCUGUCUCACUCUGUCUCAUUCUGUCUCAGUGAAAUCAGGAAAGAAAGUAGUGAUGAUCAAGGUGAAAGGAGCCGUGCUGAGAACGGAAACACAGCACAAUGUACUGCUCUUCUCUCAUGGAUACAGAAAAGUAAAUAUUCAAAAGAAAGAUACUAAUCUACUAUUGUGUUUUCCAAGGUAGCCUACUGUCCUCCAUACUGUUUCAGUAGUCCUACAUCAAUCAACUGUGGCAGUGUUCACUGUCGUCGGUAAUCUGCUCUGCCUUUCUGCUCACAGAGUUAAGUUUGUAGAGAUUUGUUGCUGGUGGAUUGUCCAGUGGAAAGUUCCAAAAGUUUGUUUCUUUAAUGAUGUAAUGAAACUGAAAGGAAAAACGUUCUUUUCUCUGUGAUAAGGUAGAGGAUACUCUCUCUAUAUAUAUAUAUAUCCAAUGUACAACGAUAUGACCCUCUGUUGAUAUGACCCUCUGUCGUGGUAUUGUCUCUAGCUCUGGCCCCAUCACUUCAGAAAACAGUCGGUCAGGUGAGAGAAGCUAAGGAAGAAGAAGGUAAAAGGCAUACUGAGCCAAUGCUCAUAAACUCUCGUACCUCUAGAACCUAUCUGUUUGUCGUAUAGGACAAAGAGCCAUACAUGUUAUGAUGAACAAUUGCGCAACCAUAAACAUAAUAAUAAUAAUAAUGAUAAUAAUAAUAAUAAUAAAUGGCAUUAAUGCUGUGCAUUUCCAUUUUCUAAAAAAUGCUCAAUGCACUUUACAUUAAUAAAAACUAUCACACAUGCAGUGGAGUCUUCUUAAAUCAAACACGGUUAACUGCAAGAAAAGAAAAUUUCUUUGCAGAUUUCGGUGGAAGCAGACUUCGUUGUAGAUGCCCCCCACUCUAUGAAGGCACUAGGUGAACAUUCAUAGUCUGGGGGGGGAGCUCUCGGAGUUGUGGUGUUGAAAUGUUCCUCACUUUCCAUCAGAGAGGUGUGUGACUGAGAUCUUUCUACAUUUUGUUGGAGGUGACUGAAGACGUUUGCUUCCCAAAUAAUAUGAUCACUAAUGAGAAAGGGGAAAUAAAUGCAUGCUGAGUUAUUUUUUGUUUUCCUUCAUCAUAUUUUGUAGCGUCUUGUUUCUCCUGUGUCGUGAUAUGAUCUGGAAACGUGAACAACAACGUUAAUGAAGAAGGAAAGUGCUCAUUGUGAACAUUUUGAAGAGAAGUUAAAACAUUUUUAAAGAUAAUUUUUUUUUUAUUUGUUUUGGUAGGACCAUUAGUUUGUUUGCCUGCUGUACAGAGUAACACGGUCCCCUACGGUUUGUCUUGUCCCAGGAAUUGUCUGUCGUUCUGUUUCGUGAUUCGACACACCUCAUGUCGUCAUGUUGUCUUUCCACGGGGUCGUGUUGCCCUCAGGGAACAACAGAUCUUUUUCCUCGUAAUAUGUGUGACCUUCACAGGGGCUGCUAGCCAAUAGCAAACAACUUUGGGAGGUCAGAGUAAUUGUGACAGAAGGAGCAAAUGAUUUGAUAGUGGUUGUAUGCCUUAAGUUACUUCCUUCGAUUUAUUCAAAACAUGUAAAUAUAUUUUUCGAGGGCAGCAUAGAUUUUUUAAAUCAGAAGAAUAGGAUGAGAGGUCAGUUUGUUUUUGUGUUCUCUUUUGCCAGUGUGAAGAACUUUGUUCUUCCAGAUGAGAUUCUGACGUUCUUUUGUUGUCAAUAUGGCUGCAGGUUGUUUACUCUAUGGAAGUGGACCAAUCAACUGCCUUGAACAAAAGAAUGGCUUACUUUCUGUUGACAUAAUCUAUAUCGUUUUCAUGUAGCGUUGGGUCUUGUUGUAAGGUGUGAUCACGAUGCAGCUUGUCCAAACCUAACGAGUGCCGUGACGUUGUAAUGAAAGAGAGGGGAAUUCUUCGAGAGCUGUCUGUCUACCUCAAACAAUGAGAUUUGGAUAUUCAGCGAGACGGUGGUCACUUGCACGUUUGGAUGAAGUGGCAGCUCUUGUACACCACCAUUAUAUACAGUAUGGCUGAUCAGUUUUCCUAUGUGCGUGUUGUUGGUUUUUUUUCCACCUAUCUUUUGUGGUGCCUUACAGUGACAGACGUGACCUACUUUCAGUGGCCUCGUGUCAGCGUCCAGUGCACUUCUUUCAAAAUGCUGCACAUUUAAUUUGUCUGGGUUUUUUAUAUGACUCUACAACAUAUUCAAGUCGUGUUCAAUUGAGUAGAAUCAUACGUGUUGCCACAUGGUGGAAUCAUAUUAAUUGCUUUUGUUUUUCAUUCCAUUUCGUUUUAUGAUGUAGAUCCUAUUUUAUAUACACCUUUGCAAAACAUAUAAAAUGUUUUUACAGUACUCAUUUAUUGCACUCUUAGUUUUGUUUGAUAUCAUGUAAUCUAAACACAAAAAUCCUCUGUAUGGAAACAUACUUGUCCAUUUUUAACUUCCCCAUCAGCGUACGACUGACAGAGGUCUUCUUCUGUUGCCUGCAAGUGCAGUGUGUGAUUCAGAAGUAUCAGUGGUAACUUUGUACCUUAUAUUUGGAGAGUAUUUGUACAAAAACCAACAGUCGGUAUAUCAGCCCGGAUGUACAACUCUGACAGAUGGGACACUCCCAGGUUUUGAUAUGUAUGUCUUUGGGUAUCCGUGUGGAGCUGUUUACCUUUCACUUCGCCAUACAUUACGUUUGCUUGUAAAUAAAUUUGUUGUAGUCAUAA